UUCUACGAUAGGUCUUAUAUGCGAUGCUCAAGCUUUCCCUGGACCAAAAAAAAGAACCUACUGGAUCUGUUGGACCCCGAUUGACAACUAGGACCAUAGAUAUAAGAUUGGUAAAAUCCGGUGACUCUGCAGUGGCUCUUUGUCCUGCACAAUCCUUCCCCGUUCCAUUUUUUAGAUGGUACAAGUUCAUUGAAGGAACAAACAGAAAGCAAGCUGUCACUCUAAACGAUAGAGUCAAACAAGUAGCUGGAACUCUCAUCAUCCGCGAGGCCCACGUCGAGGAUUCUGGAAAAUACCUUUGCGUCGUUAACAAUUCCGUUGGAGGAGAGAGUGUCGAAACCGUUCUUACCGUAACGGCCCCACUAAAAGCGAAAAUCGACCCACCAGUCCAGACAAUCGAUUUCGGAAGACCAGCCGUUUUCACUUGCAAAUUCGAAGGAAAUCCAAUAAAAACCAUCACCUGGAUGAAGGACGGAAACCAAAUCGACCAUACCGAUGCCAUUUUACGCAUCGAAGCCGUACGGAAAGAGGACAAAGGCAUGUACCAGUGCUUCAUCAGAAACGACCAGGAAAGCGCCGAGGGCACCGCCGAGUUGAAGCUCGGAGGAAGAUUCGAACCACCCCAGAUCCGCCACGCUUUCAACGAAGAAACCGUACAACCCGGCAAUUCAGUUUUCAUGAAGUGUAUUGCAUCCGGUAAUCCCACGCCCGAAAUCACAUGGGAAUUAUACGGAAGGAGGUUAUCCAACAACGACGUUUACCAGAUCGGUCAGUAUGUUACUGUGAAUGGUGACGUGGUGUCGCAUUUAAAUAUCACCGCGAUUCACACAAACGACGGUGGUUUAUACAGAUGUGUCGCGAGUAGCAAAGUGGGUUCUGCCGAUCAUUCCGCUAGAAUUAAUGUGUACGGUUUGCCGUUCGUGAGGUCUAUGGAGAAACAAGCCAUCGUCGCCGGAGGCACUCUUAUAGUACACUGCCCCUUUGCUGGUCAUCCCGUCGAGGCUGUGGUCUGGGAAAGAGAUGGCAGGUUGUUACCCAUCAACAGGAAACAGAAGGUAUUCCCCAACGGAACUCUUAUUAUUGAAAACGUCGAAAGGGCAUCCGACCAAGCCACUUAUGUUUGCGUGGCGAAAAACUCUCAGGGAUACAGUGCCAGAGGAUCACUAGAAGUACAAGUUAUGGUUCUGCCCCGUAUAGUUCCGUUUAGUUUUGGUGAUACCGCCAUUUAUUCUGGUCAAACGACCCAAGUGACGUGUUUGGUUUCCGAAGGCGACACUCCCUUGGUCUUAACGUGGAGUUUCGAGGGGAAUUUCAUAGAUUCGCAGAAUGGUUUUAGUACCACGAAAAUUGGCCAGAAAGCGAGCCUAUUGCUCAUAGACUCCGCAACCGAGGAACAAGCUGGGAAUUACACGUGUACCGCAAAAAAUAGGGCUGGAUCUGUAUCUUAUACCGCCGAGUUGAACGUUCAUGUGCCUCCGAGGUGGAUCUUAGAACCUACCGAUAAAGCGUUUGCGCAAGGUUCUGAUGCCACUGUCGAAUGUAAAGCUGACGGCUUCCCCAAACCCGUUGUUACCUGGAAAAGGGCUACUGGGGUAUCGCCUGGCGAUUACAAAGACUUUAAACCAAAUAAUCCAGACAUUAAAGUUGAAGAUGGCACUCUUACUAUUAAUAAUAUCCAAAAAAUAAACGAAGGUUACUAUUUAUGUGAAGCUGUGAACGGAAUUGGUUCUGGGUUAUCGGCCGUCAUUCUGAUUAGCGUACAGGCCCCUCCACAGUUUGAAGUAAAAUACAGAAAUCAAACGUCAAGGAGAGGCGAACCAGCCGUACUUCAAUGCGAGGCUAAAGGAGAAAAACCGAUCGGUAUCUUAUGGAACAUCAACAACAAACGUUUAGAACCAAAAGGUGAUAACCGGUACACGAUCAGAGAGGAAAUUCUACCAAACGGCGUCCUGUCGGAUUUGAGCAUUAGACGAACCGAACGGUCCGAUUCCGCUCUUUUCACCUGCGUUGCCACCAACGCUUUCGGAAGCGAUGAUACCAACAUUAACAUGAUCGUGCAGGAAGUACCCGAAGUCCCUUACGGUUUGAAAGUUCUAGACAAAUCCGGGAAGAGCGUUCAGUUAUCGUGGGUUUCACCUUACGACGGAAAUUCUCCAAUCGAGAAAUUUGUAAUCGAGUAUAAACCAAGCAAGGGAAUUUGGGAUAAGAACGCCGAAAGAGUCUUAAUACCCGGAGAUCAAACCGAAGCUGGCAUUUUCACUUUACGGCCCGCCACGACGUACCACAUUCGCAUCAUCGCCCAGAACGAGAUCGGUUCCAGCGACCCAUCUGACACCGUCACGAUAAUUACUGCCGAAGAAGCUCCAAGCGGACCACCAACGAGUAUCAGGGUAGAAGCCGAAGAUCAGCAUUCCCUCAUUGUUUACUGGAAACCACCCCACAGAGACCAAUGGAACGGAGACAUUCAGGGAUAUUUCGUUGGAUACAAACUGGCCAACAGCGACAAACCAUAUCUGUUUGAAACCGUUGAAUUUUUACGUGAGGAUGAAGGCAAAGAACACCACUUGAAGAUUUCCAAUUUGAAAACUUAUACUCAGUACUCCGUUGUUGUGCAAGCGUUUAACAAAGUCGGUGCCGGCCCCACCUCCGAAGACAUAAAGGCGAACACUGCGGAAGGCGUGCCCGAACAACCCCCAGAGAAAGCUACCUGCACCACUCUGACGGCACAAACUAUUAGAGUUUCUUGGGUUUCUCCACCACUCACCUCUGCCAAUGGCAUCAUUAAGGGAUACAAAGUGAUCUACGGACCUUCGGAUUCGUGGUUUGACGAGAAUACCAAGGACACGAAAAUAACGGCAUCGAGCGAGACGAUCCUCCACGGUUUGAAAAAAUACACCAACUACAGCAUGGAGAUCUUGGCUUAUACCUCUGGAGGAGACGGAGUACGCACCACGCCAAUCCAUUGCCAAACGGAACAAGACGUGCCCGAAUCCCCAACAGCUGUCAAGGCCCUUGUUAUGUCUUCCGAUUCGAUCCUGGUGAGCUGGAAACCUCCAACCGAACCCAACGGCAUCGUCGAGUACUACAUGGUUUAUUACAAGGAGGCCGGAAAUAGCAAUGAAAAACCAAAAUCUCAGAAGAUCGUACCUAACCUCAAGAAUCAGAACUUGAGCUACCAGGCAAAGAAUUUGGACAGCUCCCUCAAGUACGAAUUCUGGGUAACAGCCGCCACCACCAUCGGCGAAGGACAAGCCUCCAAGAAAGUUACCGUUUCCCCUAGUACUAGCGUUCCCGCGAAAACUGCCUCUUUCGACGACACAUUCGUCACCACCUACAAGGAAGAUGUAACCCUCCCCUGCUUGGCUGUCGGAGUGCCACCACCCGUCAUCACGUGGAAUAUUAAGGGCGUCAAGUUCUCCACCAACUCGAACGACAGGAUCAGACAGCAACCUGACGGUUCCCUCUUCAUUCGCGACGUGACCCGUGGCGAUGCCGGCGAAUACUCCUGCCGUGUCGAGAACGACUAUGGACAGGAUUCCGUUACCCACCAGCUCAUAGUUAACGCCCCACCUAAUGCUCCCAUCGUACAACUUACCUCGACCACGACCAACUCCUUGACGAUUAAGCUUAAACCCCAUGAGACGGACGGAGAAUCCAUCCACGGCUACACGAUCCAUUACAAACCGGAAUUCGGGGACUGGGAAACCGUCCAGGUUGGUCCCAACGUCGACAAGUACACUAUCGAGAAGUUGAUGUGCGGCACGAGAUACCAGCUUUACGUCACGGCUUAUAACAGCAUCGGUACCGGAGACCCGUCCGACAACCUCAACCCCAAGACCCGCGGCGAAAAGCCACACAUUCCAAGCGCCGACCAAUUCAUCGAAGAGUCAUCGAACAGCAUAAUCCUCCAUCUUGGCGCUUGGUCCGACGGCGGUUGUCCCAUGCUGUAUUUCGUCAUCGAACAGAAGAAGAAGUCGAGCAGCGAAUGGAUCCAAGUUUCCAACAACGUGAAACCGGGCCAGAACUUUGUCCUUCUCGAUUUAGACCCAGCCCAAUGGUACCACUUGAGAGUUACGGCCCACAACAACGCAGGAUUCAACGUCGCCGAGUACGAGUUCGCCACGCUGACUGUUACCGGAGGUACUAUUGCCCCGGCCCGUGAAAUCCCAAAAGAGGACACCAUACAAAUAAUCCUCGCAAACCUUAACCUUGUAGUUCCCGUAGUGGCUGCCAUCUUGGUCAUUAUUGUUGCCAUUAUCGUGAUCUGUGUGUUGCGUGGCAAAGGAAACUAUAACAAAGAUGACGUCGUCUACAACCAGUCCUGCAACGCCACCUCCACCCUUGACAAGCGCCGGCCCGACCUGAGGGACGAACUGGGAUACAUUGCCCCGCCCAACAGGAAGCUGCCUCCCGUCCCCGGUUCCAAUUACAACACCUGCGACCGAAUCAAGAGAGGUACCUUAAGGGCACAUUACCGUUCUCAUUCCACUUGGGACCCCAGACGUCAUUUAUAUGAGGAGUUGAGGAGUAGGAGGGGCUCAAAUGAGACUGUUCAUACUCAUAGAGGCAUGGACGAUGAAAUUUGCCCCUACGCCACUUUCCACCUCUUGGGAUUCCGCGAAGAAAUGGACCCAACCAAAGCCAUGCAAUUCCAAACCUUCCCCCACCCACACGCAGGAACGAUGGGACCAUCCGGAAUGAACACACCCCACGGACUACACUCGCGUAAUGGAUCACAAUCGAUGCCCCGCCAAAAUAGAAACCGCUACGAUAGAGUUGGAUCUCAAGGCAACGGAAGCAUUUACUCGCCAGGCCCCGAAUACGACGAUCCAGCCAAUUGCGCCCCCGAAGACGAACAAUACGGAUCCCAGUACGGCGGCUACGGAGCUCCCUACGACCAAUACGGCAGCAGAGGUUCAAUUGGACGCAGAUCUCUUGGUUCCAUGAGGGUACAACCAACCAGCGGCAGCCCCGAACCACCACCCCCACCACCACGCAACCACGAUCCAUCGUUUAACGACUCGAAGGACAGCAACGAAAUUUCCGAGGCGGAAUGCGACAGGGACCAGCUCAUCAACAGUCGGACAUACGGCGAAGAUGAACAGGUUAUGAGAGGUAACUCAAAGGAUGGCAUGACCCACGAAGAAAUGCGCAAACUGAUUGAGAGAAACGAAACAGGGCAAGCCUGCGCAGCAAACGGGGGACUCACAGCCUACGAUACUAUGGCAGUGUAAUCUGUAAGAAGACAGAAGAUGAUACGCCCUUUCGUUUUUUUAGACAUCACACCUUGACAUUUUUCGACUUAGUUGAAGCUUUCUUUAUGAGCGGUCCGCCCGUAGGUGUGAUUACUAAAAUAACGACCCUAUUUGUACGGGAUAUUCGCACGGAUUCGUCGAGACUGAAUAUUUUUGGAUUCCAUGACUUUUUAGCACAAAUUAAUUUGAAAUCUAAGUUUUAUGCGAAUGUCUCGUACAAGUACGCAUUUUACUUUUUGAACCAAAUAUUUAUUUAAGUUUCUGUUGCGUUGGAGGCCGCUAUUACGAAUACGUACACAUUUCUGCCAAUGUUUCUUGGUGUUUAUACGAUUUAUUGUGUUUGUUGGACGGUGGCUCAAUGUGUCAUGUGAUAUUUUCCGGUUCGUAAGUGUUUCUUUGAGUUGUAUCGAGCAGGCGUUUGUUUUCUUUGGUCUACAGGUGGUGCCAAAAAUUUGUAAGAAGCGCGCGCGUCCCCACGAACUCAUCAUACUGUAGGCUUAAUUUUUUUUUGUAUAGGUAGCGUAUUGUUUAUUUCGUGCUUUAUUAGAUUGUUUUUGUUUCCUGUUUUCUCGUGUAGUUAUUAGUGCGGUUGGCGAUAUGGUUUAGUUAUUUUUAUUGUACUGUACAAGUGUUUGAAGGUUGUGCGUCGCCAACUUGUAAUUAUACAUAUAAAUGCUAACGCAGAAAAUUAUAUAUAUAGCUUUGUGUAGGGCGUUGACAGUUUGUUAAGUUCCGUGUCCAUAAACUAUUUUUCUGGUUUGCAUUUAUUUACACAAACGUCGGAAUUUUCGGGCUGUCAACGUUUGCACUUAAUUUUUUUCGUUUCUCGUAGAUGAAAUUAGGAAGAUAUAUAUAUAUACUAUUUUUAGUUGCUAAUUCAUGGAGAAAUAUAUAAGUGUUUUAAAAUUUACAGAAUGCAUGUAAAUUAUAUGUAGGUAUUUUAAACGUUUCGAUAACACGAGAAUAUGGGUUUUUUUUGUUAAGCGACAUACUAUUGAUGAAUUAAUACUCAGCAGAUAUUAAAAUGCUUGUAUUUACUUUUAGGAUGUUAAGAUACCUGUAGUUUUAGGGCAUAUUUUUAAGCGUUUACCAUCAUGGUGGCAUUUUAGACGUUACCCACUGAAUUGAUUCUGCGACAAAAGUCUUACGAAUAUCUGGGUUGAGAUAUACGAAUUCUUGUAGUUUUCACAAAUCGGCAUGUACGGAAAUGUGGAAGAGUAAAAAAUUAGCAUUACUUCUAUUCCUUUGAGGAUUUGCCUUAUUUAAGUAGAAUCGUUUGUUUCCCUUUAAGCCUGGACUUCAGACCCUCUUACUCUACCAAAUUUUAGUGUGCGAAGCUACAAGAAACUUUACUUUCAAGUUCCUAAAGUAGUUUGCUGAAUUCUUUGUAAAGUACGUUUGUUUCUAUAAUAACCUAGUCAUUUAACGGAAAUACUAUCACACCCGAACAACCACCGAUUCAGGAAAUGGCAAAUGAUAUUAUUUUCACGAUAAUGGUUUGAAAUGCCAUUAUAUAUGUAUCGUAAGUUAUAAGUGUGCUAUAUAUCCGAUAGUCUUAAGAAGUGAUAAGUAUAAAUAUCUUACUGUAUCCAUAAUCAUUAAUUUCAGCAAUAUAUUUAAUCUUUCUAUACUAAUCAUUUUUGUACACACUUCCUUUUAUUGUAAUAUUAAUUAAUUGUAAUUUUUUUGGAUUGUGGUGUUGCAAAUGUUUAGAGUGUGUUUUAUACAAGUUUGCCAUUUUACGACACUCUAAUUUCUAAGUGCUUGUAUACCAAAGUAAGUUUUUUGGUUAAAUAUACAAAUAACUAAAUUAUA